AUGCAACAAACUUAAAGGGGAAGAAAGGUAAAAAAAAGUCAGAGCUCGAAGAAGAUUAGGUCACAGACAGAAGAUCCCAAAAAAAAAUCGUUAAACAGGAAACCGUUGUGUUUGAAAUAUUAUUUUGUUGGCCCAGGCAAUAAUGGCAAAUUGAUUUCGAAUUAUUUAUCUCAAUAAUCAGGUUGGAAGAUUUUAGAUGCAGAAAGCGGAAAAUCUUCAAAUGAUUUUUAUUUGAAAUGGGUUCAAACUAAUUCUGAAAUUCAAUUCUAAUAAUUCAAAGAGGGAUAGUAAAUAAUCAAUCAUUUACCUAACCAUAUGAUUCUUACAUCAAAAUAGCUUAUCAUAUAAACAAUGAAAGAGUAUGAAAGGUAAAACAAAUAAUUAUAAUUCAAUUCGUCACACUUCUUUCCUGAAACAUACAGAAUUGAUUUAACCCAAGAGUUUAUGAGCAAUGAGGAAGAUCAAUUUUUGAAAACAGAUAAUUCAGCAGUUUGGAUUAUUAAACCAACCUAUUUUAAUUGUGGAAGAGGCAUAAAAUUAUGUUCUAACGCAAAAAAAUUAAAAUAAGAAUUAAAAUAAAUCUCAAAUUCAAUAAAAUCAUAAAAAGGAUUUUUGCCUAAUGGUGUAUUCACUCCUAAUCUUAAAAAAUGUAUAGUGUAAAAAUAUAUUUAAAAUCCUCUGUUAUUGGAUGGCCGUAAAUUUGAUAUUAGAUGUUAUGUAUUGAUCGCUACUUCAAGACCAUUAUUUGUUCUCUUUUAACAUGGAUACUUGCGUUUAUCUGUAGAUAAAUAUAAUGUUGAAGAUAUGGAUGAUGAAAAGAAUAGAUACAAACAUCUAACUAACGCAGCUAUUUAAAAAAAGCAUCCUUCCUUUAGUUCUUCUAAAGAAUCAACCAUUUGGUCAAUGCAGCAAUUUGAAUAAUAUUUAAUAGAGAAAAUGAAUGUGACGCAAGAACAGAUUGAUAAAAUGUAUUUGUAAAUGAAAAAAAUAUUUGCACAUAUAAUUAGAUGUGCAGCAGAUAAAUUUGAAAAGAGAUUAGGCACUUUUGAAUUGAUGGGAUGUGACAUCAUGAUAGACACCAAUUUAAAAGUGUAUCUAAUCGAAAUGAAUACUAAUCCAGCAUUAUUUUUAGAUACUUCUACUUAAGCUUAAGUUAUUCCUCCAGUAGUUUAGCAAACAUUAGAUUUAGUCAUUUGUUUAAAUGAUGAAAAGAACAAACCAAUUGAGAAAUGUCUGUAGAAUGCCGCCAAACAAAAACUAGGUAAUUGGGAAGUCAUUCAUGAUGAAUCUAUUAAUUUUAAUUUAGUUGCAUAAUAAUGA